AGCGGGAACAGCCCCUGCCCCCGGCUGAGGCCCAGAGGCACGGAAUGCUCACACUGCCAAGGGCUGAGGGAGCCACGGGCGCUGCUGCUGGACCAGGCACAAACGCAGCAGGAGCAUUUCAGGCACGGCAAGGACAGCUCAUUUCCCUGCCUGCUCCCGCGGCUGCUUCCUUUGCUGCCCCCGACAGUGGUUUCCGGCAGCUCUGUUCUCUCAGCGCUGGGACGAGCUUUGUGACUCUGCCUCACUCAACAAACACGCACCUUGGGCUCGGCAUGCACCUCGCCUAUCUCAUCCUCACCGUCUUCCUGGGACAGCUCCUGGCAGCUAUGGUCAGAGGCCAGGUGCAGCAGGAGCCAUUCGUGGACACCACCGAGGGCACCAGUAUCAGGAUCAACUGCUCACAUCCCAAUAUCCGGAUGGGCGAUUUCAUCCAUUUCUACCGUCACCUCCCGGGUCAAAGACCCGAACUCGUGGCGGUCACUGCUAGAGCGUCCAAGGACGUGCGAGACCCUCCAGGGCGUCUGUGGGUGUCUGCGGAUCGGGGGAGCAGCGCGCUGUGGCUGUGGCGGCCCCGGCGCGGGGACGCGGCCGUGUAUUACUGCGCGCUGGGCGCACGGGCAGAGGAGCCGGGGCUGCGGCCGGGACCCGGCGAGGGCCCGAGCAGCGCCGGUGCAGGGCUCAGCCCCGGGGCGGAGCUGGCGGCAGCGGAGAGGACAGAAGAGGAGUGGAGGUGUCAGAGAGGAGGCGGCAGGGCCGCAGCAGAGAGCCGGGGCUGA